AUGGACGUCAAAUCCGCUUAUCAGACUUCUUCUGGCUUGCCCCUUGGCAGCGUCUCGGCCGUCCCUACUAGUUACCAACAGACGACGACCACCACUACUCAGUACGGAUCUGCGGCACCGCAGACGGUGAUUAGCUCAGCCCAGUAUGGCGGCGCCGCGCAAUACGCCGGUGCAGCCCAAUACGGUGGUACGUCACAGUACGGCGGUGUGCAGUACGCCAACGCCUCGCCGAUCACGACUGGCGCGACGAUGGCAUCCGGAACAGGUUACGGGACGACCGGAACAGGUUACGGGACGACCGGAACAGGUUACGGGACGACCGGAACGGGUUACGGGACGACCGGAACGGGUUACGGGACGACCGGAACGGGUUACGGGACGACCGGAACGGGUUACGGGGCGACCGGAACGGGUUACGGGGCGACCGGCGCCACUUACGGGGCGACUGGUGCCACUUACGGGGCGAGUUUCGGCGGAGCAAUGUUGGGGUCUGCUGGGCAGCAGUACGUCCCCAACGCGACUCCCGCCGCGAAUGUACAGUCUUACAGCACAAGUCCCUACGCUGCCACUGGCCAGUAUGCCGCCUCCGGGUACGCGACUGGCCAACAGUAUGCUACCGGCGGUGGCCAGACCCUGGCGAGUAGCUACGGCGCCGGCCAAGGCGGAACUUAUGCGAACACUACCACGGCAGGCGCUGCACUCAACAAUGCCGCCAUCACCAACGCGACCAUGACAGGCAACGCGACCAUGACAGGCAACGCGACCAUGGCAGGCAACGCGACCAUGACAGGCAACGCGACCAUGACAGGCAACACGACCAUGACAGGCAGCGCAGUGCGCUCUCAAUCGGAGAUGUCCCGAGUUGUGGGACACGAGUAUGGUCAAGAGCGUGUGGUGAGUGUGACGCAGAGAGUUGAUGAGUCAAGAACGCAAAUAGUUGGUGAGCGGUUUUUGGAGCACGAGGUGAAGGUGCCUAAGAAGAUCGUCCGAGAGGACAUAAUAGAGAAGGUGAUUAUUGUACCGGAGAAGAUCAUUCAGGAAGAGAUUAUUGAAGAGACCGCUGUAGUGAAAGAGCGAAUUGUGGAGAUUGCGAAGCCGGUGAUUGUGGAGAAGAUUGUGGAAGUGCCUGAGUAUGAGUAUGUAGAGAAGAUUGUGGAGGUCCCUGAGAAGAUCGUGCAGGAGCGUUUGAAGCACGUCGACAAGGUGGAGAUCCAGGAGCGCGUGCGCGAAGUCCCGAAGAUGGUCCCACAGGAGCGCGUGGUGGACGUGCCCGAAAUCACGUACCGCGAGGUCCCCGUCGAGCGCGUCGUAGAAAUCGAGGACUGGAGAGAUGAGGUGCGGAUCAGAGAGGUCCCCGUGCCCCAGUACGUCGAGAAGCCUGUGCCCAACGUGGUCCAGGUGGAGCAAGCCAUCGACGUGGAUCGAAACAUUCCCGUCCCCGUGGAGGCGAACAUCACCUACGAGUUCCGCAUCCCGCAGAUCAAGCCCAGAUACCACAAGAUCACUUACCCGGUCUACCUGCCGCGUUUUAUCGAAGUCCCAGUGGCCAUCGACCUGUUGCGCGGCGGUCUUCUGGAACAGACUCAGACGUACUUGGCACAGUUGGGUGCGUUGACGAAGUCUGCCGCGUCGUUAUGUGAAAUCGAAAACUUAGCCACCACCAUCAUGCGGGCAGAUUUGCAGUCGCGAGUUAACACGUCUGAUCUCCAAUCCAUCCUUAUGAAGAGUUGGAAGGAAGGCAGUCUCGGGCUUAACGGCGGCAUCCUAGGAGCCGGCCUGACCUCUGGGGGAUUCACCACCACCGGUGGAAUCACCACCACCGGUGGAAUCACCUCCACCGGCGGAAUUGCCGGGACUAAUGUAACGUCCUCUGCCCUGAGCGGCAGCUAUGGCGCAAGCGCGACUAGAAACAGCUACGUCUCAGGGCCCACCGUGCUGGGCGGUACAACCACCGUGCUGGGCGGCAGCACUGCGGGCAUCAACACCACGGGCAGCAGCUACAUCGGCCAGGGUGGAGUCAACGUUGCGGCUUCCUCCCCCGUCGUGAUUCGUUAA